GGCAAUCUACGAUGUCCAAUACUUGGAAUAUGCUAUAUCUCCGGUUCCGCUGUCCAUGCGCCAUGGCGGCAAGGUAGCGUAUUCGACGACUACAUUACCUGUCCGAUAUCGCCACAGCCUCAUCUGAUCACUGAAGUGCAACCAUGGGCCAAAGAUACUUUGUCCGCGAGGCCAAAACAAAGCAAGAGUUGGAUAGCAUCUUGGAAGUUAUUUGGGCUGCAAACUACACACCUUACGAACCCUUUAUUCAACUUGUGUUUCCUGUCCUUGGCUUUACGGCUGCUCACCGCGAGGCUGCCAUCAACGAAUCGAAACAACGCUUCUGGGAACAACACCAGGCCGAUCGAUCAAUCCAUUGGUUCUACGCAUUCGACACCGUCACAAACAAAGCCGUGGGUUGCGCACAAUGGGUGAUUUCGACAACAAAUCCUUACGCAGCAGGAGCACCAGAUUUGAAGGCACCGUGGUGGCCCGAAGGUGAACAGCGGCGUUUCUGCGAAUCGAUACUGAAUCAGGUGUACAAGCCCCGCGCAAGCUGGAUGGCACGGCCCCAUUGUGCACUCAAUUGGAUGGCAGUGGAUCCUGCUCAUCGACUUCGGGGUAUCGGUUGCCUGCUUAUGGAUGUGGGAGUUGUGCGUGCCGACGAGCUCGAUGUGGAAUGUUGGAUGGAAGCGUCGGCCAUGGGCAAGCCGCUAUACGAAAAGUUUGGUUUUCAAUCGUUGCUGAAAAUUGCCUUCGAUACCGAACAACCGAAUGCAAGCGACGAAUGGAGGAAGAGCGCCCAUGAGCUGACUCCUGCACCAAUUUUCGCCAUGUGGAGACCGACAAAGUCUUCUCGGCAGGGUAGUCGGGGUGAGGUGCAGAUGCCAUGGACGCUAGGUACGCGAGCUUGAGGGCCGCACAUGAUUAAUCGAUCUUGAUAUGGUCAGGCCAAGUAAAUGGUAGACAAAUGAUGUCAGGAAAAAUCGAGUAUUCGUCCAUGACUGAUGGGAAGAUCAUGACCGAAACCUGCAAGGGCAUGCAGAUGACGUCGCACAGAGUGGAUAUAGCAAAGGAGUCUAGAAAUGAGCAUAGUCAGAAGGCUGUCAGGAGAAGGAAAGGAAACUCGGACCAAUGUUUGAGAGUGGAGUAAGCUGUUGGGGUCUGCCUUGUCGUCAGCCGAAUUCAUGUGGAAAAAGCUCUCGCGGUCAAGUACCGCUGAUGAUAGGUAGUAGUUAGAUGAUAGUCUUACAUAAUCUUUAAGGCCCUUGACUACCA